UUUAAGAAGAUUGUAUUUAUGGUAAAAGGAGACUGGACUAACAAUGAGGCCAAAGACUUUUCCUGCCACGACUUAUUCUGGAAAUAGCCGGCAGCGACUGCAAGAGAUUCGAGAGGGGUUAAAGCAACCAUCCAAGUCUUCGGCUCAGGGGUUACCUGUGGGACCAAACAGUGACACUUCCCUGGAUGCCAAAGUCCUGGGGAGCAAGGAUGCUGCCAGGCAGCAGCAGAUGAGAGCCACCCCCAAGUUUGGACCUUAUCAGAAAGCGUUGAGGGAAAUCAGAUAUUCCUUGUUGCCUUUUGCUAACGAAUCGGGCACUUCUGCAGCUGCGGAAGUCAACCGGCAGAUGCUACAGGAGCUGGUGAACGCAGGAUGUGACCAGGAGAUGGCGGGCAGAGCGCUCAAGCAAACCGGCAGCAGGAGCAUCGAGGCCGCCCUGGAGUACAUCAGCAAGAUGGGCUACCUGGACCCGAGGAACGAGCAGAUCGUGCGGGUCAUUAAGCAGACCUCCCCAGGAAAGGGCCUCGUGCCAGCCCCUGUGACGCGGAGGCCCAGCUUCGAAGGAACCAGCGACUCCUUCCCGUCCUACCACCAGCUGAGCGGUGCGGCCUACGAGGGGCCCGGCUUCGUCGCCGACAGCCCCGCGGCCCUGGAGGAGGUGCCACGGCAGUACAUGGACUUCCUCUUCCCCGGGGUCGCGCCCCACGGCGUGCCUGGCCACCAGCACCAGCCCAAGGGCUACGGCGCCGGCGCGGAGGCGGCGCACUUCCCGCCGCAGGGCCCGCACUACGGGCGGCCGCACCUGCUGGUGCAGGGGGAGCCCCUGGGCUACGGCGUGCAGCGCAGCCCCUCCUUCCAGAGCAAGACGCCGCCCGAGGCGGGGGGCUACGCCAGCCUGCCUGCCAAGGGCCAGGGCGGCCCCCCGAGUGCCGGCCUCGCCUUCCCGCCCGCUGCCGCGGGGCUGUACGUGCCGCACGCGCACCACAAGCAGGCCGGCCCCGCCGCCCUCCAGCUGCACGUGAUGGGCUCCCGCGGCCUGGUGUUCGCUGGCGACAGCCCCCCGCAGAGCCUGCUGGCCCCCUCCCGCAACAGCCUCAACGUGGACCUGUACGACCCGGGCGGCGCCGCGGCCCAGCCGUGGCCGGCCGCCACCCUGGCCCGCCGGGACUCCCUGCAGAAGCCGGGCCUGGAGGCGCCGCCGCGCCAGCACGUGGCCUUCCGGCCCGACGGCCCGGUGCCCAGCAGGACCGACUCCUUCAACAGCCACCAGCCGCGGGCCGGCCCUCCCGGCAAGGCGGAGCCCUCGCUGCCCGCCCCCAACACCGUCACGGCCGUCACGGCCGCCCACAUCCUGCACCCGGUGAAGAGCGUGCGGGUGCUGCGGCCCGAGCCGCAGACGGCCGUGGGGCCGUCCCACCCCGCCUGGGUGCCCGCGCCCGCGCCGGCCGGGGACGGCCUGGACGCCAAGGACGAGCUCGGCCUGGCGCUGGGCUGCGCCGGCGCCUGCCCGCUGGACGUGGAGUACGGCGGCCCGGAGCGCAGGUGCCCGCCGCCGCCCUACCCGAAGCACCUGCUGCUGCGCAGCAAGUCGGAGCAGUUCGACCUGGACAGCCUGUGCGCGGGCGUGGAGCAGGGCCUGCGCGGGGGCCCCGAGCCCGGCGACAAGAGCCACAAGAGCGCCAAGGGGGACAAGGGCGGGAAGGAUAAGAAGCAGAUCCAGACGUCCCCCGUUCCCGUCCGCAAAAACAGCAGAGACGAGGAGAAGAGGGAGUCGCGCAUCAAGAGCUACUCGCCAUACGCCUUCAAGUUCUUCAUGGAGCAGCACGUGGAGAACGUCAUAAAAACCUACCAGCAGAAGGUCAACCGGAGGUUGCAGCUGGAGCAGGAAAUGGCCAAAGCUGGGCUCUGUGAAGCUGAGCAGGAGCAGAUGAGGAAGAUCCUCUACCAGAAGGAGUCUAAUUACAACAGGCUGAAGAGGGCCAAGAUGGACAAGUCUAUGUUUGUGAAAAUCAAAACCCUGGGGAUCGGCGCCUUUGGAGAAGUGUGCCUUGCCUGUAAGGUGGACACGCACGCCCUGUAUGCCAUGAAGACGCUGAGGAAGAAGGACGUCCUGAACCGGAAUCAGGUGGCCCACGUCAAGGCUGAGAGGGACAUCCUGGCCGAGGCAGACAACGAGUGGGUGGUUAAACUCUACUACUCCUUCCAGGACAAAGACAGCCUGUACUUUGUGAUGGACUACAUCCCGGGCGGGGACAUGAUGAGCCUGCUGAUCCGGAUGGAGGUCUUCCCCGAGCACCUCGCCCGGUUCUACAUCGCAGAGCUGACUUUGGCCAUCGAGAGCGUCCAUAAGAUGGGCUUCAUCCACCGAGACAUCAAGCCCGACAACAUUUUGAUAGAUCUGGAUGGUCACAUCAAACUCACAGAUUUUGGCCUGUGCACUGGGUUCAGGUGGACUCACAAUUCCAAAUACUAUCAGAAAGGGAACCACGUCAGACAGGACAGCAUGGAGCCCAGCGACCUCUGGGACGACGUGUCCAACUGUCGGUGUGGAGACAGGCUGAAGACCCUGGAGCAGAGGGCGCGGAAGCAGCACCAGCGGUGCCUGGCGCAUUCCCUGGUGGGGACCCCGAACUACAUCGCGCCUGAGGUGCUCCUCCGCAAAGGGUACACUCAGCUUUGUGACUGGUGGAGCGUCGGAGUGAUUCUCUUCGAGAUGCUGGUGGGACAACCACCCUUUUUGGCACCGACUCCCACAGAAACCCAACUGAAGGUGAUAAACUGGGAGAACACGCUCCACAUUCCCGCCCAGGUCAAGCUGAGCCCCGAGGCCAGGGACCUCAUCACCAAGCUGUGCUGCGCCGCGGACCACCGGCUGGGCCGGGACGGGGCGGACGACCUGAAGGCCCACUCGUUCUUCAGCGCCAUCGACUUCUCCAGCGACAUCCGGAAGCAGCCAGCGCCCUACGUUCCCACGAUCAGCCACCCCAUGGACACCUCGAACUUUGACCCCGUGGAUGAAGAAAGCCCUUGGAAUGACGCUAGCGAAGGCAGCGCCAAGGCCUGGGACACGCUCACCUCCCCCAGCACCAAGCACCCCGAGCACGCGUUCUACGAGUUCACUUUCCGAAGGUUCUUUGACGACAACGGCUACCCCUUUAGAUGCCCGAAGCCUUCCGGAGCCGAAGCUUCACAGUCCGAGAGCGCAGACGUAGAAAGCCCCCGUCUGGCGGACCAGACCGAGGGCUGCCAGCCGGUGUACGUGUAGGUGGCGAGGGCAGCCCCGCCACGCGCGUCCUGGGCCGGCGCCCGGCUGGUGCCCAGGCCCGUGUGGACGCUCAGGGCGGCUUUGUUUUCAGUUCGUCCGUUGAUUUCGUCACUUGAAAUUCUGGCCUUCACCAGGAAUAAACCCAAAACGGUCCAGAUGCUUGUUACAAAAGGACUCGGCACUGCUUCGAAUUGGCUUUUGAGGACCUUCUCGCAUUAAAACGAUAUUUUUAAAAACUUAGUACAGUUUAGAAAGAGCACUUAUUUUGUUUAUAUCCAUUUUUUCUUAUACUAAAUUAUAGGGAUUAACUUUGACAAAUCAUGCUGCUGUUGUUUUCUACAUUUGUAUUUUAUCCAUAGCACUUACUCACAUUUAGGAAAAGAAAACUGAAGAACAUGUGAUAAGAAAUCUCUGUGCAAUAAUGUAAAAAAAAGAUAACACUCUGCUCAGAUGUCACGGAGACCAUUUUAUCCACACGAUGGUUUUUGUCUUGUAUUUUUUCCCACAUUUCAAAAUUGUGAUAUAAUGUUAAAAGCUGCUCUCUUUUUUUUGGCUUUUUGCAUAUUAUAUAGUAUAAUAGACAGUGUGAGCAAGGUGAUGAUGUGGUGUGAUUUCAGGUGUCUGGUGUGUGGAGAGUACUGCAUGAGCAGGGUUUUUCUAUUAUAAAAUUACCGUAUCUUGCCGUUCACAGCAGGUCCUGUGAAUACGUUUUUACCGAGUGUCUUUAAAUGAGGUGUUCCAGACAGUGUGCUGAUAACGUAUCGUGUGGGUGACUUCCUUGCUAUGAUUGUAUCCUUUAUUUUGUUUUGUUAAAGAAAUGCAGAUGUGUAACUGAGAAGUGAUUUUUUGUGUGUGUGUGUCUUGGGUAUGAUUAGAUUCUUUGCGGGGGCGGGGGGUAAACCUGAACAUUUGUCAUAUACUAAACUUAUAUACAUCAAAAGGGAUUAAUUUAGCUAUGCCCCAAAACUGUAAGUUAACGAUGUGUGUCCUUUUCUCUCGUCAGUAUGCUCUUUCACCCUUGGUAUAGCUGGUAUGUGGAAUUCGGUAGCUCUGACCUUACUACUUAACCUUUUACCAACAGACUGCCCACACUGAAAGGUUAAUGAACGUUUUUCCUCCUGUCGUCUUGGACAGCUAGUAUGUUACCGUGACGAAAUUGAGUAAUCUAAUGGUUCUUUACAUUUUUUUAGUGUGCUUUGAAGUGUCAGAUCUUAACUUGGUUUAAACAAUACAUUUUGCUAACUUUUGUAAAAAAGCAAAGAUUCUUCAAAGUGACAUUGGAAUAAAAAAAUAAGCCAUACGUAUUUUCUUAGAAGUAUAGGUGUAUAUACAUACUACAUAGAUAAACACAAAAUAUUCCUUAUUUCAAAUUAGUAUGAUUCCUAUUUAAAGUGAUUUAUAUUUGAGUAAAAUGUUCAAUUUCUUUUUUGCCUUUUAAAAAAUCUGAUGCAUCAUAUUUUUCAUUAUAUUAUUCCACAUAUUUUUCCUUGAAGUUCUUAGCAUAAUGUAUCCAUUAUUUAGUAUAUAUCUAGGCAACCACACUUACAAGUUUAUCAGUGUCUAAACUAAAAAGAAAAAAAAAAGAUUCCUGUGUACCGGUUUACAUUUGUAUGAAUGGCAUAUUCUGAAGUCUGCUGUGCUUGUAAUCGUGACUGUCAGUAUUUUCGCUCUUUUAUAGUAAUGCCAUGUUGUUAUUUACAGCGCUCUGACAUACUUUCAUGUGGUAGGUUCUUUCUCAGGAACUCAUUUUAACUAUUAUUUAUUGAUAUAUCAUUGCCUUUGAAAAGCUUCUACUGGCACAAUUUAUUAUUAAAAUUUUGAAUCCAAA